AUGGCGGAGGCAAAGCUCACAAAGAAGCAGCAGAAGGCCGCACAGUUCAAGGCUGGCAAGAAGGGCAAGGCUGCCGCCAUCGCCGACCAUCCCGCCACCCCGGACGAUGUUGUGGAUCCCGACGAUGCACCCUCGACCAGCGCGGCAGUAACGAGCACCAAGGAGGAGACGAAGGUGCCAUCAAAAAAGAAGGAGAAAGAGUCCAAAAAUAAGGCCAAGGAGUUCGUUGCGGAACCCUCUGCUGCGGCCGAGGCGGCGCCUGUCGAAGCACCGGUCAAGGAGGAGAAGCGUAACAAGAAGCGCAAGCGACUUGCGGCUGAAGCCGAGGCGGCGGCUGCAGCUGGUAUCGUCCCCGAGCCCACCCCCAGCAGCAGCACCAAGGCAUCCAAAUCCGAGUUGAAGCCCAAGGCGAAGGCGACCAAGAUCGCAGCACCAGCAGCGCCUGCCACGAAGACGACGUUCGGUGACGACGGCGAGGUGGCGUCCGAGCAAGCCGUUGCUGCUGUAGCCGAGGCCACGCCUUCGGCAGCGUCAGCAAAGGGGUCCAAAUUCAUCCUCUUCGUUGGCAACAUGGCAUUCACCACCACGACGGACAACAUUGCCAAGCACUUCGGCCAGACGUGUGGCGAGGUGCCGACGGUGCGCCUGCUGACACGCAAGGCGGAUCCGAAUGCACUCGCCAACCUGCCGGCCUCGAAGCGCAAGUCGAUCGCCAAGGGCAAAGCGCAAGAUCCGACGCAGCCGCAGUCCAAGGGGUGUGCGUUUGUCGAGUUCAAGUCGUCCGACGCCCUGCGCAAGGCACUCAACUUCCACCACACCAUGCUCGAGGGCCGCAAGAUCAACGUCGAGCUCACCGCCGGUGGUGGAGGCAAGAGCGAAAACAGGCAGAACAAGAUCAAGGAGAAGAACGCCGGGCUGGAAAAGGAGCGCCAGAAGCUGCAUGGCAAGUACGUGGCGCCCAAGAACGAGGCGCGCAAGCAGAGGGCAGGUGCCAAGGAGGAGGGAGAUGCAAGACCCGCCAAGAGGAGCAGGACAGAGGAUGCAGAGCAGGGGGGCCAGGCGGCGUGGAGUCGCAACAGCGGCAAGGAACGCAAGAUGCCCAAGUUCAUGGCUACGGGUGCCAACGCGGUGCGUGUCGCGCCAACCUCCUAG